AUGAAGUUGUCUUGGUUUUUAGGAGCUUUGCUGACCAUUAGCAGCUUGGGUUUAUGCAUCGACUGCUCUGUCAAGGAGCUCAAGCAGUAUAACUUUGAGAGUAUCAAAGGAAUACAUUCGAUUUCUUUGGUAAGGGAUACACCGCCAUCGGAAACAAACACCACAUGGUACUUCGGCAUAUGUGACACACUAGACAAGAUAACUGCUUGUCCUAAGAAUUCUGAUGUAUGCGGAAUAACGACCUUGAAAGUUGACAAGGAUCCGAAAAAGAUAAUCACAUCAGAAAUCAUAGGAUUCAAUUCAAAUCUAGAAAAACUGAUCAGUUCCAUUAAUGGGAAAGAUAACGAACAAGGUGUCUCUAUAUCUUAUACUGGAUCUAACUGGGGAAAUAACUUAGUUGACGCUAACUUAGAUUUCUACUGCCCUGAAAAAAACGAUAAAGCUACUCAUAAAUUUGAAAUAAUAAGUUGGGAUGGAAAAAAGUUGCACGCUAAGUUAACUACUAAGGCUGCUUGCAUAACCAGUGACAAGGAUAAGAAAAAGGGAAAACAACCUGAUCAAGAAGAUGACAACGGAGAAUCCUGGGGAUGGUUUACUUGGAUAUUUAUAUUUAUGGUGUUGUUCUUAAGCAUAUACAUAGUUGGUGGUGCCUGGUUCCAGUAUCAUAAGGGUAACUCAAUUGACUUUCAAAGCGCUUUGAAGGAGGUUUUGGAGAACUUUAUUGACCUCUUGAGGGGUUUGCCAAGUUUCAUUAGAGAAAUUAUUGAGAAGUUCACUGGUAAUUCUGAUAGAGGGGAGUACAGUGCAGUAUAA